AUAUUUUACUCACCAAGCACUUUCGUUACUACCUAUGGUACUCAGAGAGAGAAAAACCUAAAAGCUAAAACCAUUUGGAGAGUGAGAGAGGGAGUAAUCAAUGGCGGAUACAGAUAUGGAGACGGACCUCAACUUCGCAUUCUCACUACAGGUAGAAGAAGCAAUGACUGCUUCACUAAUUGGUGAUGAAAAAGAGAUUUUUCAAAACGUAAGUUAUCUUCAAACUCUAGAACUUCUUAAAAAGUUAGAACAAGAAAAUGAAGACCGAGUGCAAUGGGAAACAGAGAUCAACAAAAUGAAAGAUGAUCUGAAACGUUUAAUACAUGAUCAACAAGUUGCAAAAGAAAUUAGUCGUAUUCCUGUGCAAGAGUGGGAAAGAACUGGUGAUCACUUUCAGAAACCCUUUGGCGAAGGUUCUUCCUCAUCUAAUGAUUUUCAUAAUAAUGAACCUUUUAAGUUGUACUUCAAGGGUUUGUUCAGUAAUGAAAGAGUUGGAGAUGCGGUAGUCGAGAUUGCUGGUAUAGGGUUUGCUGUUUGUGAUCCGUUAGGUAAUUCUAUCUUGGAUGGAGUUAAACCAUUAAUUGGUGAAUGGAAAUCUGGUCUUGCACCAGAAGAGCUAGAAUUGAAAGUGGAAGCCCAGGCUUUGAUUGAAGGUUUAUCUGCUGCUUAUUCAUUGGAUAUUAAGAGGAUUGAUUUCUAUUGCGAUUACCACCCGCUUUACCAAUAUAUUACAAUGAGACAUCUAGUGAAUCAGCAAUGUAUUGCGACUGUUGUGGAUCAGGUGUCUCUACUGCAGAGGAACUUCAUCAGUUGCCGCCCUUUCUUUGUGGCACGGAAUGAUGUCAAGUUUGCAUUUCAACUGGCAAGGAAUGCCAUAGAUUCACAGAUUACCAAGUCUGGUGAAUGUAGCACUUCUGGGACUAUGAAGGAGACCUGUAACAUCUGCCUAGAAGAUAUUUCAGUAAUGCAAAUUUUUACUGUUAAAGGUUGCUCACAUCGCUAUUGUUGUUCUUGUAUGAGGCAGCAUGUGGAAGUCAAGUUACUUAACGGAGUGGCGCCUCGAUGUCCUUUCGAUGGCUGUAAAAGCAUGCUGAAUCUUGAUAACUGUAAACAAUUUAUGACCCCAAAGUUGAUUGAUAUGAUGAGCAAACGUAUAAAGGAGGAUUCUAUACCUGUGACAGCGAAAGUCUAUUGCCCAAACCCGAAGUGCUCUAACCUGAUGUCGAAGACCAACAUCCCAAAAUGUGUUUAUAACCAGUCCACUAAUGAACAUCUUUGUGGAAAAUGUAUGAAGUGCAAUGGAUAUUUCUGUUUUAAGUGCAAGGUUCCAUGGCAUAAUGGCGUGACCUGCGAAGCUUAUCAAGCGCAGAAAGCCUCCGAGGAUGAUGAAAAGCUGAAGAAUCUUGCCGAUACAAAGCUCUGGCGCCAAUGCAAGAACUGCAACCAUAUGAUUGAAUUGGUUUGGGGUUGCUACCACAUCACUUGCAGGUGCGGUCAUGAGUUCUGCUAUACCUGUGGAGCAGUGUGGAUAAAUAAAAAGGCAACAUGUGAUUGUCCAAUUUGGGAUGAAAGGAACCUCUUGCACCAACAGGGACAAAACCAACAGAACUUGCAGCAAAACCAACAUAACUAGCAUCACCUGCAGCUGCAUUGAUGUGGAUAAAGUAGCAGAAAUUAGGAUAUAUUUUAACUAUGGUAUGUGUUACUGGACCUAACAUGUAUAUUGGAAAAAAAAAUUUGGGUGUGCCGAAGCUGAACAUUGGAUCUCUAAGUCAAGAUAUUAAGUUCCUAGUCUUACUCUAUUUUGACCAGACCAGUAAAGUUUGUCUCAGCUGAAUCUUCCUAAGCUUCUUUGAUGCUGUAGCUUACAUAAUGAUAUGGUACCGGGAAUUUGGAUUAACUAAUGAUUACUCUUUGCUCUCUAAUUUUAGUUUUUCUGUAAAUUUGUGAAUAUGCAUACUUGACAAUUUGCAUUGGGUCAUCGACCAUUGCUUAACCACA